UUCUGUCAUCUCGAUGCUAAUGCACUGAUUUGUGACCGUCACAGGGUUCUCCAGGCUAUCAAUUAAUAGACGGAUAGGGGGCGAAAUGGCAAUUUAUCGGAUAUUCUCGGAUGCCGACGGCGAGAGCCACAUCGAGGACUGGAAUCUGGAAGAACACCCGGAACUGGGGGAGCUGAUCAAUGUGUCUGAGGUGCGGGUGCAGGAGUUUGACGGGUCCCGACACCGGGACUUUCAUCCCCUGCCCGAGCGCAGGCUGAUCAUCCAUCUGUCCGGCGAAGUAGAGAUCGGUGCCAGCGAUGGCGCGAAGCGGGUGCUGCGGGCCGGAGAUAUACGGAUGAUGGAUGACGUCACCGGAAAGGGACAUACGCACAACGACCUGACCCCAUCGGCCGCAGUCUACGUCCUGCUGAACGACUGA